AUGGCAAACGAGCAAGAUCUCGCGACUCUAAAAAGGCGGCGAGCGGUAUUACAGAGUUCGUGUACGCGCAUAAAGACGUUCGUUGAUUCGCUAGGCGCGGUCACCGUCACGCCUUCCAUAGCCGCGCAGCUCGAGGAGCGACGAGUAAAGUUAAACAAAAACAUGUCCGACUAUGAAUCGGUGCAAACAGAAAUCGAAUUAUUAGACGAGCGCGAAGAAAAUCAUCGCAUCAAUUUCGAGGAUGCUUUUUAUGCAUUAGCCGCGAAAAUGCGAGAACUCUUAAGGUCUCCAGCACCUUCAGUACCUCCGCCGCGUGAUACAACAAGAUCUCCUUCGAGUGAUCUCGAUUUGCCGCGAUCGUUAGCACAUGUAAGACUUCCGAAAUUGGAUCUUCCGACUUUUUCUGGCAAAUACGACGAAUGGUCUCCAUUCUUCGACGCCUUCCAAUCGAUCAUACACACAAAUGAGUCAAUUACCGCGGUACAAAAACUGCAAUACUUGAAAGGCUGUUUGAAGGAAGACGCGAGCACGGUCAUUAGAUCUUUGGAAAUUUCCGCGCUAAAUUAUGAGGUGGCCUGGAAUUUAUUGAAAGAAAGGUACGACCACAAGAGCGUUAUCGUGCAAACGCACAUUCGAGCGAUUAUGGAAUUGCCGUGUAUGAAUAAAGAGAAUUCCGCCGAAUUGCGUCAAAUUGCGGACGGCGCUAUGAGACACGUUCAUGCCCUUAAGGCUUUAGGGCGUCCAACAGCUCAUUGGGAUGAUCUUCUCAUAUACAUUUUGAGCAAUAAAUUAGAUGCGCGCACAUCUCGAGAAUGGCAAUCAUCGCUAAAUACGACCGAUUUACCUACGUUACAAACAUUCACACAAUUUAUUACGCGUCAAUGCCAGAUGCUAGAAGCUACUGGCAAAAUCACGCUCAAUUCAAAAAAUAACCCGCGUUCUCAGUCGAGUCGCCAAACCGCCUGUGUCGCUACGGUUAAUUCAAAAUGCGGUCAUUGCCACGGAGAACACUCCAUAUAUUAUUGUAAGGAGUUUUUAGCUCUCGCGAUUCCACAACGAAUUUCUGAGAUGCGUAAAAGGAAAAUUUGCGUCAAUUGUUUGCGCUCAACAACUCACGCAUCUAACAAAUGCCCUUCCGGUAAUUGCAAAAUAUGCAAGUCUAAGCAUAAUACCUUGCUGCAUCUCGCGGCAACCUCGUCAACCGAACACGCAGUCAGUGAUAAAGAAAAUCGCGAAACGUCUGACGCGGCAAGUUCAUCUAACGUUGUAGCAACGCACAGCUUAAACGCACGCAGCAAUCAAGGGGUAAUUCUUUCUACCGCGAUCACACAUGCGUAUAAUAGCACGGGCUCACUCGUACCCUGCCGCAUACUCCUAGACUGCGGAUCGCAAGCCAACUUCAUUUCGAAGAGUUAUUUAAAUGCUCUUGGUCUUCAGCCACGCUCAUUAAAUAUUUCAAUCACCGGUAUUAAUGAUACAGCAACCCAGGCUUCACAAAUGGCGCAAGUGCAAAUCAAAUCUCGAGUAGAUUCAUUCACCGCCACGGUAGAUUGCAUAGUCACAGACAGGAUAACGGACAAGUUGCCCGCCUACACUCUCAAGCGAAAGGAUUUUGAAAUUCCGCGAAACAUUAAAUUAGCCGAUCCCAAUUUCAACGUAUCAGCUAACGUGGAUAUCCUUAUAGGCGCGGAAAUGUUCUGGUCAAUAUUAUGCGUCGGUCAAAUAAAGGCCUCGGUCAACCAUCCGGUUUUACAAAAAACCAGAUUCGGAUGGAUACUAGCAGGACGCUUAAACGCGCCUUCACACAGAUCACAAGGCAUUCGAGCCUUUCACGCGACGAUAAGCAAUUCACAAUUGCACGAAGAAUUAGCGCGUUUUUGGCAACUCGAAACUAUUGGCAAUUCAAGACAUUAUACUAACGAAGAAUCUCGUUGCGAGGAGAGUUUCUUAGGCAAUUUUUCACGCGACUACCAGGGCAGAUAUAUUGUCAAACUCCCUUUCAAGGAUCAGCCGAGUGGCAGGCUCGGAGACUCCAAGGACACCGCAUUAAAACGUUUAUAUAAUCUCGAGAAACGAUUCAAACGUUAUCCAGAUCUCAAAGCUCAAUACGCACACUUUUUGCAUGAAUACCUAGCUCUCGGUCAUAUGAAACAAGUACACGAUUCGGCAGAUAGUUUAGGCGAAUCCUUCUAUCUCCCUCACCAUUGCGUAUUCAAGAGUACAUCACCAUCGUCUGGUAUUCGCGUGGUUUUUGACGCGUCCAGUAAAACUAGCAACGGCGUUUCCUUGAAUGAUAUUCUCCUGACAGGCCCGGUAAUCCAACAGGAUUUAAUGUCAAUUUUAAUGCGUUUCCGAACCUUCCGUUAUGUAUUUGUAGCCGAUAUUGUUAAAAUGUAUCGCCAAAUCGUUGUGGAGCCUUCGCACGCGCGGUAUCAAAGAAUCUUGUGGCGGGAGGAUCAAUCUUCCGAAGUGCAAACUUACGAACUCGCAACCGUCACAUAUGGUACCACCCCCGCUUCUUAUCUGGCAACCAGAUGCCUCAAACAUCUCGCAGAAUCAAAUCGCGAUACUUACCCAAUGGGCUCCGUAUGCGUGGAGCGCGAUUUUUACGUGGAUGACCUGCUCUCGGGAGCUGAUUCUCUCAGCGAGGCAAUUAGAGCGCGGGAUGAAACCAUCAGUUUAUUACGAUCAGGAUGCUUCGAACUCAGUAAAUGGGCAUCUAAUUCUCCGGAAUUAUUAAAAAAUAUACAUGAUCAAAACAAUAGUACGGUCAUAAUCAAUCGCGAAUCUGAUUCUCGAAUCCUAGGCAUGCAUUGGAAUCAAUCUCUAGACGAGUUUCAUUUUUCUUACAUUCCUGACCAGGAACAUAAAAUUCUAUCAAAACGUGUCAUACUUUCCGAAGUUUCGCGAUUGUUUGACCCGUUGGGCUUACUAGGCCCGGCCGUAGUCUUGUCAAAGCUUCUGUUGCAAGAUCUGUGGCAUUCGGGCAUACACUGGGACGAAUCUGUUUCCCCAGAGAUUAGCGAACGGUGGAAAAAACUUAAGUCUCAAUUUGAAGAUUUUAACCAAUUACAAAUUCCGCGUUGCGUCAAAUUUAGCGCGGAGCCAAGGUCAAUACAGAUGCACGGCUUUUGCGACGCGAGUCAACGGGCCUUCGGAGCAUGCGUUUACAUACGCACACAGAUAGGUCACGAAAAUUUUCGGUGCGAACUGCUCGUUUCAAGGUCUCGCGUUGCCCCGCUUAAGGCAGUCUCGUUGCCCCGAUUGGAGUUGUCGGCUGCUCUUUUAUUAGCUCAGCUAAUUGACAAAAUCAAGGAUUCAUUUACGUUAUCUAGCAUACAAAUAUUUCUCUGGUCUGACUCUACAAUAGCUCUAAACUGGAUAUCCUCGUCAUCUCGGAAAUGGGCGGUAUUUGUUGCCAAUAGAGUCGGCGAAAUCCAGCGUCUUACAAACGGCAAUUCUUGGCGUCAUGUCUCAUCGGCCAACAAUCCAGCAGACGUAUUGUCUCGGGGGCUACAUCCGCGUGAACUUCAGGAUUCUACGAUAUGGUGGAAUGGCCCAGCCUUUUUAAUGACGCGCGAGAAACUUUGGCCGAACAGCGAAUUUACUACUUUAAGUAACGAUAUUCCCGAAUCGAUCCGAACUACAGUACACAUCGCGACCGUUGAAAAUUCCGUAGUAGAGGAUCUGUUAACAAAACAUUCCAAUCUAAAUAAAAUAUGUCGCAUUUUGGCAUAUUGCCUAAGAUUCUUCAAGGCUAGAAGAUCCGAUCCGCUCACAGCCUUUAUAACAUGCUCGGAAGUUUCCUACGCCUUGAAUAUUAUGUACAGAGCGGUGCAGAAAACGGGUUUUCCCGAAGAAUAUCGAGCCUUAAUCAAGGGUGAAACUAUCAGAACAACUAGCAAUUUGCUAUCGUUGUCACCUUUCAUAGACACCGACGGUCUGAUUCGUGUGGGCGGUAGAUUAAAAAAUGCACAGCUAUCAUUUGACACCUGUCACCCGAUAUUGCUUCCGCGGAACCAUACAUUAACAAGGCUCAUCAUACUAAGAGAGCACGAGCGCAAUGCUCAUGCUGGGUUACAGGCAACUAUGGCUGCCGUAAGGCAACGUGUUUGGCCCUUGUCCCUGCGGUCGGUCACCCGCAAAACUUUGCAGAAUUGCGUCACAUGUUUUAAAAUUAAACCGACUAGCUCAGAAGCGAUAAUGGGCGCAUUACCUGCGGGGCGUAUAACAGUUUCCAGGCCAUUUCAUCAUUGCGGAAUAGACUAUGCCGGACCGUUACUAAUACGCGAAGGUAAACGUCGUAACGCUCGGCACAGCAAGGCUUACGUUGCAGUUUUUGUUUGUUUUGCCACCAAGGCGGUUCAUAUUGAACUUGUGAGCGACCUUACUUCUGACGCCUUUAUCGCGGCACUCAAACAUUUCGUUUCGCGCAGGGGCAAACCCAUGGCCAUUUAUUCGGACAAUGGGACCAACUUCGUAGGCGCCCAGAGACAGUUGCGGGAGUUCUAUGAGUCACUAAGUCGUGAUAGCGUGCAAACCGAUAUCAACAAUUUUUUACGCAAUCAGGGAACCUCAUGGAACUUCAUUCCACCAAACGCUCCUCACUUUGGGGGGCUAUGGGAGGCGGCUGUAAAAUCAGCAAAAUAUCACCUGUACCGAAUCAUUGGGAGGGCACAUUUAACUUUCGAGGAGUUACAAACCGUUUUAUGCGAAGUUGAGGCAAUUCUGAAUUCGAGACCCCUCACACAAUUAAGCUCGGAUCCGAACGAUCUAACGUAUCUUACUCCCGGGCACUUUUUGGUUGGCACUCUCUUGAAUGGUUUCCCUUCUAGCGAUUUAUGCGAUGUCAAUGAAAAUCGCCUAGUGCGAUGGCAGCGCGUCGAGCAGCUAAGGCAGCACUUCUGGCGCAGAUGGAGCACGGAAUAUCUGCAUUCUCUGCAGGAGCGUCACAAGUGGAAAAUCAACAAGGGCCGACAAUUGAAACAGGAUCAGCUGGUGCUCCUAAAGCAGCAAGGUCUGGCACCGUUGAACUGGAUGCUUGGACGCGUGGAACAAGUGCACAAUGACUCUGACGGCAAUGCUCGAUCCGCUACCGUGAAAACGUCAAAUGGUGUUUUAGUUAGACCACUGUCCAAAAUAUCAAUAUUGCCAAUAGACUCUUAA